GCAGCAUUAAACCAUCAGAGCUCUGAGAUGAAACACACUUUGGUCUGCUUCAUCUUCCUCACAGCACUUCAGGAUGGAAACACUGGUUUGGUCAAAGCACAAACUCUCACCCACAGAGCAGAGGAAGGAGGAAACAUCACAGUUGCAUGCAACUUUUAUUUCCCUGGAAGCAGGAAACUCUUCUGUAAGGAAAAAUGUGAAAAUGGAAACAUUCUUGUGGAAACAUCUGAUGAUCCAGCUCAGAACGGCAGAUACAGCAUUAAAUAUGAAAAAACAGACACUCUGUCAUAUAUUAUGUAUGUGAGCAUCACACAGCUGAAUCAGUCUGACUCAGGACGGUACAGGUGCUCUUUGGACAGAAUUUUGAGUCCAGAUGGAAACCAUGAUUUUGAGCUGAUUGUCACAGAAGCCUCCACACCACCAACAACACAGAGUUUAAGCUCAACUUCAGGAAGCUCCACACAUUCAUCAGACUCCACUGAAACCAAACAUGCAAGAUCAGAUGUGCUGAUUUAUGUGGGUCUGAUUCUGGUCGUUAUGAUCGUCGUCUUAUCAGCAGCUCUGCUGAUUUUCUACAUGAAGAGGAGGACCACUAAACCCAGAGGACCUCCUGUGGAAACAGAGUAUGCUGACAUGCAGGCAGAUAACCUCUGCUACGCUGAAGUGGAGUUUUCCCACAUUCCUGUCACCAGCAGCGCCCCCUGUGGUGAAGCAACUGAUGUUGUCUACUCAGUGCCUCAGGUGGACCUGAGUACUGCCAUCCACACCAAAGAUGCUUCACCUCCUCUGUACGCUACUGUUACCUCACUAUGAAUUACAUCAGCAGUGUUUUUUUUAAACCUGUCCAGCAGAAUAAUGGUCGGAAUGCUUUGUUGUGCCAAAAAUAUUUGCUUUUCCAAGAGGAGCACCGUAGACUCUCUGUAGGCUCCUCUUUUUAUGUUUUUGUUUUAUUUAUUUAUUUUAUUUUAUUAUUCAUAUUUUUCUCUGUAUGGAUAUUAAGCUGGAACGGACAGGGGGUGAGGGAUGUAUUGGCAAAAGACAGGAGAAGAAAUCAAAGGAAUAGAAGAAGCAAAAGGAAAGAAAAACGAGAGAAAACAAUGAGGGUGGGGGGAAGAUCGAGGAUGAGGUAUGCAGUUAUAUAGCCUAAGGUUAAAGUUGUUUUUAUUACAGCUGAUUAUAAUUUAGUUCAACAGAUACAUAAUUUAAAAAUGUUGCUUUUAUGAUUCUGCAUAAAUUUAUUGAAACGACUGCAGAAAACAAACUGCUUGGAAACAAGAUAUCUUUUAAGGAAGACGAAAAGUGAAGAGAUGCAGUAAUCCACAUGUUUUUAAUGAAAAUAAACAUGAACAU